AUGGCGGCCCUUGCCAACAAAGGGCUCAAUCUUUCGAAACGGAUGUUGAAAAGUCACAACGCGUCGGACCUCGGUCAAUUCUCAGAGUCCAUGCAUAGGGCAACGUGGAUGAGCUAUCUUUGCCGAUGCAACGCCUCGAUUGUGAGCUGUGCGGCUGACUUCCAGUCCCGCCAGCCAUUCGACGAGCCUAUCGAUAGCAGCAGUUUCAAGACACCGUACCCUUCCAGUGGAGAGGUGUCAGAGUUAUGGGCACAAUACAUCCGAGCCGAAGAAAGCCUUGUUGCGGCCACUUUGACGCUUGCAGAAUUACUCAAAGGGUUUAAUUCUGAGGCUACCGCGUCGUCUUCCAACCGGAACAUUGGAGCUCAGUUGAAUCAACCCAGCUUGGGCCAACCUCAGGCGCCGGAGUUACUAGCGACGGUGGAUAAUCCUGAGUCCAAACUUGUCAUUUGCCUUCGCAUCACAACUCGAGCUAGGCUGAUGAGGUAUCGUGCCUUUAUGGACCAUCCCCAGAUACUAAGGUUUGAAUCGAUACCCCCUUCGGACACUUCAAUUGGCCUGGCACAAGGGCAGGUCAUGCAUGGUAUAGGCAUUCACACGGCAUGUUCGGCCAACUUGGCUGGUUUCACCCUGAUGAUGAUAUCGCAUUUCCAGACCUCGGCGAACGCAGCGGAUCAUGCCAUGUCGUCUUCAGCGAUACUCUACGUACAACACAAGUGCAAGACACAGCUGAAGGUAGCGGUAAAUGCACUAGACAGAUUUUCGAACGCAUUCGGCUUCGUAAAGGCUCUCAAAGGGUUCACCGCACCACAAGUCACACCAUUGCAAAUCACGGACAAUCCGAUUUAA